AUGGAACGACAAUUCGAUGAUCAUCACGGAGCUCGUCUGCAAAAGUAUCGACCGCAGGAAGCCGUCUACGUCAAGGACUUUCGCAAUCCACUCAAGCCAACUUGGAGUGCCGGGAUUGUGAUAAAGAAGUUCGGGAACACCGUCUACGAGGUCGAAGUGGACGGUUUCCGCUGGAAAAGGCACGCCAAUCACCUGAAACCGAGGAUUCGCCGUCAACCGCUGGAGGAGCUGAUCGACACGUUUGGACUGGGAAGAUCGAGCGAUUUGGACGACACGAAGGACUUGGAUGGCCCAAAAGAUUGGAAGGAGGAUCGAAAGGAUGCCGCGUUUUCGAAGGAUGCCGAGGAUUCGAAGGAUUCUGAGGAUGUUUUGGAGUCGGAGGAGGAUUCGUUGGUUCGUCUGGAUGCUAAAUCGCUGCCUGCUUCGCCUGUGCACUCGCCGACUGUGCCGAUCGUCAGACGCUCUGCUAGAAGUCGAACUGCCGUCAAACAAUUCGAUAUGGACCCGACACAGAAAAGUUAUCAUUGA